AUGGUCCUACGACCGGGUAUGAAUGCGCCAUGGGUAGAUUUGAGCAGCGAAAACCUCGUUCUCCUUUUAGUUAAGGCUUCUCCGCAUAUUCCUGGUCUUCUUCACUCUCUUUUUGGCAAUAGUGGCAAACUUUCUGAUAAGGGUCUGUUCUUCUUGGUCGAUGACGAAUUAGAUCAAGGUAGUACAGCAUUCUUCCACCUCGCACGAGGACAGCUUCUUGCACUUGAGUUUACUCUCUCUGAUGAGACGGCUCUUUCUGCGGGCACCGCUCAACUACGACAUCAAUCCCCUGUCUGA